GGUAUUUGGUCACUCGAUAUGAGGAAGGGUUGCACGUGUAUCAAUCAAGCUGCAAUGAUCCAGCGCAGAUCACCAGCCAGACCAGAACCACAUAUAUGUAUUGUGCCUAUUGUACAAUGCCGAGUACAGAGAGGUACUGUACCCACGAUGGGCAGUACCUAUGUACCCCCAAAUCCCAAGGGUGUGGUUCAUUUCCGUACCGGCUUAAGCUGUUGGACGCCCUUCGCCACCGCUCCGCUGCUACCUACCUCAUACAUAUGUAUGUCGGUGGGUGUGUAUGGAUUUCGAUUCUGCGUUCUUUUUGUAUCUGGGCACAACCGACGCCAUGUUCGUCAUACCCAGUCUCUCGGAACAAUAUAUACAUAGUAUGCUUUUGUUUUAACUUAAUUAUCCACGAAUGUAUUUACUCCACGAGUAGGAGUAGUGUAUUUGUCCUAUAAUACGCUAUAUGUCUAAUCCUAGGUAGGUAGGCAUUCGGCCACGAGCUAGACACGCAGACACAACACAUCGUGGCGUUUCCCUUAGGUCUUACAUUAGCGCGUGGACCGGCUUCUUGGUAAAUCAAGCUUCGUCGAAUCGGUUGAGUCGUGCUUGGGUAUCAUUUACUAAAUCCCAGCGACCCUUUCGCUGGAAAUCGGGUCCCCACGUCUUCUCCAUCUUCUAUCCGCUUCUCUAGUCUCCAGAUGUUCCGCCCAUCGAAACAUGUCCGGGUCUUUCGCUUCCAACUGGAAGAUGGACUCCGACAUCCCAUUAGAUGACGAUGACCCGUCGCCGUCUCCGGAAACCAAAGUAUACCAAAAUUCCUCGCCUACCAUGUCAAUGUCGACAGCGAGUCCAGCCCGUUCAGACGGCGAUCGGAUAGAAUGUCUUGUUCGAAGGAUGAGCAAACAAACCUUGGUACGAGAGUCGCUCACUGCAUCGGCAAUGGAGUCGCCAGGCUGUCAGGCCAAUUCCAGCGUACCAAUAAGCCCAGAGCCAAUGCAAAUGGAAAAACAAACGCCGCCACACAUAUCUGAGCCUCCGAACGAGUUUAGUUAUAAUCACCUUACCGAACCUCCGAGCGAUCAGUACAUAGAACAACUAAUGCCGCCCCAACACUACGAGAGAAUGGCGAAUCCACCUGGCGAUCCCGUUAUGGAUGGGAGCUUUAGUUCUGGUAUCGUUACGCAAGAUAAACAGCAACAGCCCGAGAUGAGCAUCCAUAGUCGUUUUCCAAACCUUCGUAGGCUAGACUUGAUGGCGAACAUGAUCGAGAACGAAGAGCAAUGCAACGUACAUACACCUCGACUGUCCUCUUCGGCCGACCCAGCGCCGUCCGCCGGUCCCGCCAGUCGUAGGGGUUUGCCAAUACCAUACGAUACCAACACGGUACUAGAGGUCGACGAAGGAAUUUGCACGCAGCCUGAUGAGCAGGCUCCCAGUGAGAUCUUGGGUCUAAGAGAUGCUAGCGGUCCGGAAGGCAUCAGAAAACUUGGGCAUCUCAAAUAUAGAACAUCGCUGGAGACGGCUAUGCGGUGUAAGAAUAUGAGGAAAAGCGCACCGAGGAUGCGCAGGAGGCCCAAGACACAACCAAAGGAGACGCAACAGAAGAAUUCAACAAUAGAACCGGUAUCGACGACUCCGACGAGCUCAACGGCGACAUGAUUUUGGUUUAUUUUAUUUCCUUUCAUGAUUUUGGUUUUUGGUUUAUCUUCGUCUUAUUACAUAUACCCCAAGGCAGGAGGCAGGCGUUGUUAGGUAGCGGUUGGGUCAUGGCGGCAAUAGGGAAUUGCAUCGCAUCGGUCAAUCGGUUUAUGGAAAGGUUGGGCUCGGUAUACAGGAGCGUCAUCAGCAUUCAACUUGGCGUUUAGGGUAUGCGGUUGCAAGCCGCUCAAAGGCUGCGUGGGUUUGUGUCGACUACAUGAACUGUUUACCUACCUCCUAAGGUGUGAUUUAAUUACAGGAAUGGGUUUGUGUGCAAAAUGGUCUGGGAUGCCGUUGUAUAUUUAUAUACAUUCUUGUUUUACGUGUAUAUACGGAAUGAUGAUAGUGUGUCUGCGGCUUACAUAUAUAACACUUAUGAGCUGAUCUCAACUUAGGUUGAGCUCAUAUCUUAGGCAAAGGGCCUAUUUAACAGAGCAAAUCUCACAUGAAGCUCAACACCGAUAUAAAUUAGGCAAGUUACUGCAAGU